GACCACCUCAAGAAGCACAAGACCUGGCUGUGGAGGUACGGCCGCCCUCCACCGGAGCCCGGCGCACCUCCCGGCGAGAGCGCGCCAGCCGUGGCGGCGCCGCCCCCGCCGGAGAGAACGCCAGAGCGCACGCAGGAUGCCAGCGCCAAACGCGUGGCACCGCAGGUGACCAAAGCCUUGGACAUGAUCGCGCGAGCGGAGGAGGCCCGCUCCACGAGGGCCGCCGUUGCGAAGUGGCGCCUGCUGGAGUACCGCGACGCGCUGACGGCGCAGGAGCGCCGCCAGCUUGUCGAUGCGCUGGGCGUAACCAGGGUCAACGACAUCAGUGGCACCGAGGCCUUGAAGGCUGUGUUCAGCGACGAGGUCUAUCGGUGGAUCUGCGAUGUGGGCGACAAGGACUGGACGUGGAGGGAGCCGACGUUCAGCUGGCUGUCCGGCUUCUACUGGCACCCCGAGAGCCACGAGCUGCCGGCGGCCAUGGAGAUGCGCGGGGCCAUAGCGAACCUGAAGAGGUCGAACUCGGAUGCGCAGGUCAUCCAGACCUGCCUGGAGACCCUGCGCAAGAUCGGCGAGAACGCCUGCCAGCACUGGAAUCCCACCACCAAGAAGCACCUCCGCACGAUCCAGGGGGGCAGCAGCGCGCUCAAGAAGAAGAUCUUCGACGUGCCGGGUGGGCUCCAGUGCUUCCUGGCUCUCGGCUUCACGCAGGCUGCCGCGGAGGGGGACGGCGAGCCGGCCUGGAUCAUCGCGCAGAACGUGCAGGCUAUCGAAGACAAGUGCUGGGAGGGUUACGCAGUGCUGCGCGAGGAGUUGAUGAGCGGCUCGAGCAUUCCGGUGGACGAGGCGAAGAGCAAGGCCGCCAAUGAGGGUGGUGGGAUCGAGGGGACCAUUCGCGACAUGCUCACCAGCCCCGCGAAGCUCAAUCAGUUGCUGCGCAACCCAAUGGUCCGGCAGAUGGUCAGUGCCAACCCCGACGUCGUGGAGAGGUUCGCUUCCGCGAUGCCCGAGGUGAGGGAGACGCUGACCAUCUACCCAGAGAUGCGCAGGCAGCUGGAGUCCGUCAUCGGCCGGCCCCUGCGCCUGGAGGAGCCGCAGCCGCUGGCCGGCGCCCCGCCCGCCGCGCCCGCGGGCGGCGGCGGCCCGGCGUUCGCCGCCGCGGCGGCGCCGGCGUCCGCGCGCACCGUGCAGGCGUACGUCUACGACAUCACACAGGGCAUGGCCAAGGGCAUGUCCCAGAUGCUCGUUGGCAAGCAGAUCGACCUGGUGCCCCACACUGGCAUCGUGGUCUUCGGGAGGGAGUACUUCUUCGGCGGCGGGCCGUCUAUCUCUGACAACCCCGGGAAGUCGGUGCCAGUGCCAGUGGCGCAAACAAUCGUCCUGGGCGAAACCGACAAGACUCGCGAGGAGCUGGAAGCAUACAUCUCCGGGGUUUUGGCCCUGGAGCACAACGAGCAGAACUACAACCUGCUGAACCACAACUGCAAUCACUAUGCCGACGCCGUCGCGAGGUUUCUCCUGGAAGGCCGGGGCAUCCCAGACCACAUCGUCAACUUCGGCCAGGAUGCUCUCUCCACCCCUCAGGGCCAACAGCUCCGGACCAUGAUCGAGGGCAUGGAGAGGGACAUGCGCCGAGGCGGCGGGGGGUCUGGCAUGAACCCGUUCGGCAGCGGGGCCCCCCAGCCAGCGCCACCGCCUGGGCACGAGGACGUCGCCAGCCAGCUGAUGGCGAUGGGCUUUCCGCCCGACCGCUGUCGGGAGGUGGCGGCUCGCUCCGGCGGUGAUGUCGUGGCCGCUGUGGCGAUGCUGACCAGCGACUGA